GCAGAUCUUCUAAACUAUAAGAUUUACUGAUCUGUGUAUUGUUUUGUAUUUCCCUAUGCCAAUAUCGACCAAUUCCACCGUCGGACUUAAACCCAAAAUCCCUUUAAUCCCCAAUUUAACUCUCCGUCCCCCCUCUCUGUCGACCCGCAGAUCCCCUACAACCGCCGCCAUGAGGGGUCUAAUCUCCAGCGCCAAACUCUUUUCCACCACCACUACUGGAAGCAGAAUUCCCCUGUGCUCGAACCCGUCGAUUAGAAGCACUCGCGCGUACAGUCUGAUUCCGAUGGUGAUAGAGCAUUCAUCUCGAGGAGAGAGGGCGUACGAUAUCUUCUCGAGGCUUCUAAAAGAGCGAAUUGUUUGCAUCAAUGGUCCUAUCAACGACGAUACCUCUCAUGUGGUUGUUGCUCAGCUUCUCUUCCUCGAGUCUGAGAAUCCUUCUAAGCCCAUCCAUAUGUACCUCAACUCCCCUGGUGGUCAAGUCACUGCUGGUCUUGCAAUUUAUGACACAAUGCAGUAUAUAAGGUCUCCAAUCAAUACCAUAUGUAUGGGUCAAGCUGCAUCUAUGGCUUCUCUCCUUCUGGCUGCAGGAGCCAAGGGUGAGAGGAAGUCACUUCCUAAUGCAACAAUUAUGAUUCAUCAGCCAUCAGGCGGGUACAGUGGGCAGGCAAAGGAUAUGACUAUUCACACAAAGCAGAUUGUUCGGAUUUGGGAUGCGCUAAAUGAAUUAUACUCGAAGCAUACGGGGCAGUCAAUAGAUGUAAUUCAGAAAAAUAUGGAUAGAGAUUAUUUUAUGACCCCAGAAGAGGCAAAGGAGUUUGGGCUUAUUGAUGAAGUGAUUGAUCGAAGGCCAAUGUCUCUAGUCACUGAUGCUGUUGGAGAUGAAGGAAAAGAAAAGAGUAAAAAUUAGAUUAGAGGGUAAGAUCUAAUGGGAUAACUUUCCUGAUUUUGAAUUUGGCAUCCAGUUUUCUUGAUUUAUUCAGAUUAUUAUAUAUUCAGAAUCUGUUGAUUCUCAAAUAUACUAUGCUUGGUAGUUCAACGUGCGCUGUAACUUUUACUUCAUUAUUUCUCUUUAAUACCUGUCGGGCUGAUCUUCAUCCUUUGGUAUGUCA